AUGGGCCCUGUCCCGUCGGGGGACCCCGACCCUGGAUAUCGGGCGCGGAGCUACCAGUUGGAGAUGUUCGAGGCGAGCCUGAAGAACAAUAUCGUCGUUGCGAUGGGCACUGGGAGCGGUAAAACACACAUUGCUCUGCUCCGGAUCAUGCACGAGUUGGAGAACGGCGAUGGAAAGAAGUUGAUAUGGUUCUUGGCACCGACCGUCGCCCUCUGCCUGCAGCAACACCGUGCCAUCUCCCAACACAUCCCUGCUGCAAAGUCUCGCACGCUCACUGGGCUGGACAAGGUUGAGUUGUGGACGGAGCAAGUGGUUUGGGACACCGUGCUGAGUGACAUGCAGGUGGUCGUUUCGACGCCUGCUGUACUUCUGGAUGCAAUGACCCAUGGCUUUGUUAGGAUUUCGCGCCUGGGGUUAAUCAUAUUCGAUGAAGCGCACCAUUGCACUCAGAACCACCCAGCAAAUAGGGUGAUGAGAUAUUUUUACCAUCCAACCCUUGCGAAAUCUGGUCCCAACGCUGUUCCCCGCAUUCUGGGUCUGACAGCCAGCGCUGGUUCUAAUCGUGAUGAAUUACGAACAAUUGAAGAAAACCUCCAUUCGGUCUGCACCACCCCCCAAGCGCACCGCCAUGAACUGCUUGAGCACACCCAUAAGCCUCAGCUGCAGCGUGUCCUCUAUACACCACUGGCAAUUGAAGGUGCUUCGCUUUGGGGCGGAACUGAAAAGGCCCUCGUUGAAGCUUAUCAGAUGUUGGACAUAGAAAAUGACCCCUACGUUAAAAGACUUAGAGCUAGCGAGCCACAUGGGAUAGCACUACAGCGGGUGCUCAUGACUGGGAACACUUACUGCAGCGAGCAACUCAAAAAGUUUGUUCGCAGGGUCGCACAUAUUUCAGCCGAGCUUGGGCCAUGGGCGGCCGACUACUUUAUCUGGGAGUCAACCCAGCAGCUCCGUGGGAGUGCUGUUUAUACUUCACUCACGAUGGACAUGGACGAUGAUGAGCGGAAGUAUUUGGUUGACAUUCUGUCCAAACUGUCUGUCCCCAAGCUUAACAUCCAUUCGACCAAUCCUGCAGACUUCCCGGUGUCACCGAAAUGCGAGGCUCUGAUAUCCUUCUUGCUCAAUACCGAUGAGCCAGAAUUCUCCGGGCUGAUAUUUGUGCAGCAGCGAGCAACUGUUGCUGUCAUGGCCCACCUGCUUUCGGUUCACCCUUUCACAAGGGAUCGAUUUCGUACUGGCGGUUUCAUUGGAAUGUCAAACUCUACCAAGAAAAAGGAAAUGUUGGGCGACCUCCUCACGGUGAAGAUGCAGCGGGACACAUUGGACGACUUCCGACACGGCAGAAAGAAUCUGAUUGUUGCCACUGAUGUGCUGGAGGAGGGUAUCGACGUGAGCGCGUGUAGCGUGGUGGUAUCCUACGACAAGCCGCCGAACCUUAAGUCGUUUGUGCAGCGACGCGGACGUGCUAGGCGUCGGCACUCGACGUAUGCAAUGGUCCUUUCUACGGAGGACGAUGUCUCCUCAUUAGAGAAGUGGCACAUCGUGGAGAAAGCGAUGGAAAAGGCCUAUCAAGAGGACAGGAGCCGCUUGGAAGAGCUCCGUGCGCUGGAAACCAUCAAUGAGGAUGUCCAUGCACAGUUUAUCGUAGAAUCUACGGAAGCCAUUUUAACAGCUGAUAAUGCUAUGCAACACCUAUACCAUUUCUGCUCUACACUCCCGAGCCAGAAACGUGUUAGAACGAAGCCUGAGUUUUCGUUUCAGAGACACGAGGAUGGUGUGUUGAAAGGCAAAGUGACGCUGCCCAGCUGCGUAGUCCCAUCGGCUAGAUGCGCAGAAGGGAAGCGGUGGUGGAAGACGGAACGUGCGGCAAGAAAGGAAGCCGCUUUCCAGGCGUAUAAGGCAUUAUACGAGCAUGGGCUGGUGAAUGACAACCUUCUCCCGCUGACCAAGAGUCAGGACUUUACUAAAGGCGAUCGUCGUUUGUCGGGAGCUAUCACAGAGGUCCUCGAUCAGUAUGACCCCUGGGUAGACUGGGCAUAUGCAUGGAUGCUACCAAAUGUGCAUAAAACCCGCAUCACUGUUCGCUUGAACGAAGAUGAGGUAUAUAUGAACAUGUUUUCCCCGGUUGCAAUUCCGCUACUUGAAGCGCUCACCCUUUUUUGGGAUAGCGAGUCAACAUAUACUCUCGAGUUCAGAACCUCAGAGCCAGUCCCAAUGACCGACGAAAGUGUUGAGAGCCUGAAAAGCAUCACUGCCCUGUAUCUACAAGCCACCUCGACAGGAUGGUUGGGUGGUACACGCGACUAUUCCACACUGUUUAGCCCGAACUUGCAUCCUGGGGAGUGGACAGCCUGGUUAAACGAGAACCAAGGGUACGAGCCAGCACUGAAAGUUUUCUCCAGCCAGAGAAGUGUCGACCGUAUAGGUAUCGUCCGAGACAAGUCUCGUUAUGACGGUAUUCUAUUGUUGAAUAAAUGGGUCAAUGGGAACGACGGGCUUGAGAUUGAAUGCGAUCCGUUUCCAAAACGAAGGAAUCUUCUUCAAAGGCAAGGGCUCGCCACAAAAAGAUACGACAGCGACGAAAAACUCGAAUCACCGACGAAGAGGCGUAUUGUUCCUGCCGACCAAUGCACGAUAAGCAGACUCCCCGCCAAAGAGACGGUAUUCGGUCGGUUCAUUGCUACUAUCCUUAACAGAUUAGAGGCCGCACUGGUUGCGACCAAGCUAUGCGAAACGAUUUUACGAGAUAUACACUUUAACGAGCUACGACAUGUUAUAACUGCGAUCACAACACCAGCUGCUGAGGCGCCAACGAACUACCAACGCUAUGAGUUCUUCGGUGAUACGGUUCUCAAAUUCAGCGUCGCCUCCUUUCUUUACCACCAACACCCAAACUGGCACGAGCACUAUCUUUCCGAAGGCCUUAGAGCAAUCGUCGAGAACCCUCGUCUGGCUCGCGAAGCAGUUGACCGUGACCUUGGAUCUUUUAUUAUCAGCAAAGGAUUUAACGCGCGCAAAUGGUCUGCUCCGUUGAUUUCUGAAAAGAUCAACACGAGCCGAGGUAGGCGCGAUAUGUCCACAAAAGUCCUCGCCGACGUUGUCGAGGCGCUUAUCGGCGCUGCAUACAUUGAUGGAGGCCUUGCUAAAGCGCAGGCUUGUAUUAGCCGCUUUCUCCCGGAGGUUCAGCUCCCAGUACCCAGGCCUGAUAGUGGUCCCAUGUCUCAGGGCCAAGACCAUCAGCCACAUCUCAUCCAGCAGGACACCCUCGAGGAGAACAUCGGCUACACCUUCAAUGAUAAGUCCCUACUGAUGGAAGCUCUUACCCACGGUUCGUGCCAGCACGAUGCCUCAACGCAGUCAUACCAGCGGCUUGAGUUCCUCGGCGACGCUGUUCUCGACAUGCUCAUCGUGGACACCAUCCUCAUGCAUCCUAUUGAACUUCCACAGGGCAGAAUGACCAAGAUCAAGGCCACCGUUGUAAAUGCUAGCCUCCUUGCCUUCCUAUGUAUGGAGUUCUCCUGGCCAAUGCCAAUCCGCCGCCCAACAACCGUUCCCGAAGCAGAGGUCGAAAUGGAGCCAAUAGAACACGCAUCAGAAACGCUCCACUUAUACAGCUACCUCAGGCACUCCCCCGGUACACCUCUCAUAACCAAUAAUUCGAAUUCAGGCUCUUCCUCUAACACUGCUCUGACCCGCUACAUAACUCUCCGCCCCGCAAUCCUGCACUCCCUCGCCACCUCAAGAACGUACCCUAGGGAGCUCCUCUCCGCGCUGAACCCCGAUAAGUUCUUCUCCGACAUCAUCGAGUCCAUUAUCGGCGCCAUAUUCGUCGACUCAGGCAGGGAUCUAACUCCAUGCCGCGAGUUUAUUCACCGACUAGGUCUGGUGCAAUACUUGGAGCGCAUCCUUGACGAGAACAUCGACGUGGAACAUCCAAUCCAGAAGGCGCAGAUGGGUUUGCAAAAACUUGCCAGUAAGGCCGGAUCACCAUGGAAGUUCAAUUAUCACACCGUGAGGGUAUCGGGUUUGGGUUCGGAGCGGGAGCACAACCGUGUUUAUAAUAAGGUCGUCGAUGGCGAUGUGGUUGUAGAUGUCAACGCUGACGCUGACGCAACGACUGAUGGCCGGAAUGGAGAUUUGGAUCCAUCUGAUCCUAGUUCUAGUUCUAGUUCUGAUGCUGACUCUGACUCUGAUCCCGAUGCCGACCCUAGUGCGGGCCCGACGUAUACGUGCACGAUUCCAAUGCAUGGCCUUGGGUUUGAUGUUGAGGAGGUUGUUGUGACUGGGUGCUUGAGCAGAGAGGAAGCGGAGGUUCGGGCUGCUUCUGUGGUGAUCGAGUUACUGAUGCAGAAAGGAGUAAUCAUUGAGGCAGAUGAUGAAACAGGAGAUAGAGAAGAAUUGGAACGAGCUGAGAUGGCAUGA